AUGCCGUCCUUCUUCGUCCCAGGUCAUCACGGCCUGCCUACGCCUCCUCACGUCAACGGUGGUCGCAUGGAAGACCCAUCUUUCUACCCGGUUGGUCACGCUGGAUUCCCUCCGCGAUACCAUCAAAGCGGCAAUGAGUUCAUCGAACAAUACUCGCAGUCUCUGUGCUAUGGCAAGCCAUCUUCGAUGAACCUGCACCCCCAGGCCGCCCACCCGAUGAAUUCUGCUCGGGACAUCCACGCGAUGAACCAGCACAUGUACAACCCCAUGGCGAUCCCUGCGCUGCCCUCGAUGCGCAGCAAUGUCCAUCUCCCGCCCAUGGAUACUACGAUCCCCUCUCAAUACCGCCGACAGGACCCGGCCCCGAUUCAGCAGCCUGAACAACCCCGCAAGGAGGAAAAAGCUACUGGUGGUGUCGCAGCUCACCUGGAUUAUGAGAUGGAUCGCAUGUCCGACUUUGUUGCUGAGAUGGCUCAGGGAAUGUAUGAUUUGUUCGAGACCAACAUCACCCUUGCAGAUAUUGACCUCAUGCGAAGCAUCUACCCAGGAUCUCCGGUUCCCCCACAGUUUCGGAAAUAUGUCUUCCAAAUUUUGUCUUCGACUCGCCUGCCAAGUUCCACCAUUUUGCUUGGUUUGUUCUACCUGGCCAGCCGCAUGCGUGUCCUCUCGGCCCAGCGGUCCCAGGUGACUGGUGGCCAGGUCUACCGCAUGCUAACCGUGUCUCUCCUCUUGGGCAGCAAGUUCCUCGAUGACAACACCUUCCAGAACAAAUCCUGGGCCGAGGUCAGCAGCAUUCCCGUUGCUGAGCUGAACCGUAUGGAACUGGAAUGGUUGUUUGCCUUCGACUGGAAGAUUCACGACCGCAUUUACGACAAGCAGGAUGGUUUCGCCUCGUGGCGUGCUCACUGGGAUACUUGGCGGACCAAGGCCGUGGCCAAGGCUCAAGAGUCCCGACAGACUCUGGCUCCUCUGGAGACCUCCAACGUUCUCCGAAGCCAGGGCCAAGGUGUCUCCAAGCCUCUGAUGUCCCCCGAAGGUCCCAUCCCGCCCCAGUACCAGCGGAGCUCGCAGAUCGAAAACUCCUGGCUCAACCCGACCGCGUCCGAAUACUCACCCCCCUCUACCCUCUCCAGCGGCCCCACCACUCCCGACUACUACUCAGUCGGUCCCUGGGGUUACGCCAACCCGCCUCCUCCCCCGCCAUACUCGCGGGGAUGGAACGCACCUCCACAGUACAUGGCUCACCAAGCACCUCGAUCCCAACCCCCGUCCUACCACCACACUCCGGCAUACGGUCUGCCCUUUGCCCAGAGUCUCUGGACUGGACAUGGUUCGUCGUGUGGCUGCAACUACUGUGCUAAGCAUCUUGAGCACUACAUGUGCAACACUGCUUUCCCCUCAAUGCAUCAGCCAAUGAUUGCUACCUAG